AUGCUGUCAUCCAAUGCUAGUCCACUGCCACAGCUGAACUCGCUAACCAACGCGAUUACUGAACUACGUGGCGAAAUCAAACUACUACAUACCAAACCGACUGCCCCAUUCUCACCGUCACUACGCAAUCGUUGGCCUGCAGUAGAUCAACAUAGGGCUUUCAAGCGACCCCGUGAAUCAGAUGCGGCCCCACGAUCCACGGACAACUGCACUGUCGGUAGUAAGCGGACUCUGAACAACUUUGUUGUAGCACCCGCUACCAAUAACAUCGAAGAUAAAUUCUGGCUGUAUAUAUCUAGGAUACGGCCUGAUUUCUCUUCGGAAUCUAUGUUAACCAUAGCGAAGGCCUAUCUCGAGACCGACGACGACUCUGUCGUUGUCAAACUCGUCCCGAAGGACAAGGACAUUAACACCCUUACGUUCGUGUCCUUUAAAAUUGGAGUUGAUCCUUCCCUAAAGGCCAAGGCACUGGAUCCAGAAACAUGGCCGGAGGGUACUCUCUUUCGCGAAUUCGAGGAUUUUAAAGCACCAAAAUUUCGCGCACCGCUGAAAACCAAAAAAACAACGACACCGCUCUUGCUAUCCCAAGUUUCGUCUCCAGCAACGCCCAUGACGAAUCUACAACAACAGAUUACUCCGAAGGGACCUCUGAAUUCACCUAUCAAACCCGCAGAUGCCACAGGAACCGAUCCACCAUCUUCGAUGUCCAGCGCUAAAACCGAGACCUCUAAUCUUGGAAUGCAGCUGCAACCGGGACGCUCUGUGGAAAGCAACAUGGAAGCCCCCGGUUCCUCUGCCCCAGUCGCGCCUAUUGCAGCCAGCGCUCACCACAGUCGUCUCGGUCCUGACGGCAGACGUGGAUUGGGGGUCUUCCAACCGACUUCAGCAGGCGAGUUUAACCUUGAUUCAUCACACUCGAUGCCUGAUACCGCUUCGCAUUCUAGCUGCACUCCCAGCACUUCGAGCUGCACAUCAACAAUACGAUCAACAAGCUGCCUGCUCUCUACCCGCCACCAGGAGGUCAACGUGUACUACCAGAACAUCGGCGGUAUGAACAGCGUUGUCGAUGAUUUCCGCGUUGCUGUCUCGGAUCUUUGCUAUGAUAUCAUAGUUCUUACGGAGACUUGGCUGGAUUCGCGCACACUUUCUCGUCAGGUGUUCGGAAAUAACUACGAGGUUUUCCGUUGUGAUAUAAACGCCGAAAAUAGUCGUAAAUCUACUGGUGGGGGCGUUCUCGUGGCUGUUAAUUCUAAAUUUCAAGCUAUAACAUUAGAGGAUGACGCCUCUUUGAGCCUGGAACAGGUUUGGACAGCGAUCAAAUUGGGCGAUCGUAAGCUAUUUCUCUGCGCUUUAUACAUACCUCCGGAUCGAGUCCACGAGCGUGAAUUGAUUGUUGCCCAUUGCCGUUCAGUCUUCUCAGUACUGGAAACCGCAAAAGCAACAGACGAAGUUAUGGUGUUCGGCGAUUUUAAUCUUCCUCGGAUUUCAUGGAGAGAAUAUCGAGACGGGUUUUUCUUUCCGGACUUAGAUCACUCGAGUAUCCAUCCAAACGCUGCUUCACAUUUGGAUUGUUAUAGCUCAGCCACACUCACCCAAAUCAACCAUAUUACUAACCAGAACAACCGCAUCUUAGACCUCUGCUUUGUGAGCGCCCAGGAUACGGCCCCAUAUUUGUGCGAAGCCCCUGCUCCAUUAGUAAAAAUAGUCCCCCACCACCCACCUUUAUUAGUAACCAUUAAUGCCGAUCUGAAACGUGAUCUUGACACUGCAUCCGCUACCGUAUCUUACGACUUCCGCAAUGCCGACCACCAGAGUAUCGCCGAGUUUUUCUCCGAGCUCGACUGGAACUCUAUUCUAGACUCCGUCAAUGCCGAAAACGCCGCUCAAACUCUCUCCAACGUAUUGGCCUAUGCCAUCGACCGAUACGUUCCAAAGAAGUUCCAACAUCCCGCGCCCCGACAGCCGUGGCUAACUAGAGAACUUCGACAGCUGAAAUCUGAGAAGAGAGCUGCCUUGAAGAAAUUCACUAAGCACCGUUCACUGUCCCUAAAACGCCAUUAUGUGAGAAUCAACCACACAUACAAAAGUGUUGCGAAACGAUGCUUUCUUCGUUAUCAACAAGAUCUACAGAGGAAGCUCAAGUCUCAUCCCAAGCAGUUUUGGAAGUUCGUCAAUCAACAGCGACAUGAAGGAGGAAUACCAUCCUCUAUGACAUUUAACGGUAAGGAGGCAACCACCUCGCAAGACAUCUGUCAGCUUUUCUCAAAGAAAUUCGCCAGUGUGUUCACUGAUGAGACACUAAGCGAUCAUCACGUUGAACGUGCCGCCAGUAAUACCCCACGAUCCGGUCAAGCUUUGAGCACCAUUCAUUUAGACGCGACAAUGAUUUCCAGGGCCUGCAGCAAACUUAAAUCAUCCCUAAACCCGGGUCCUGACGGGAUUCCGUCGAAGUUUCUGAAAACGCAGAUUGCUAACCUGAUUUCUCCGCUUCAGCAUGUCUUCCAACUAUCUGUCACUUCCGCCGGUCGCUCCACCGCUACUAAUUUGCUUUGUCUCACUUCGUACAUCAGUGACAGUAUGGUGAAACGUGCUCAGACGGAUGUCAUUUACACUGACUUGACAGCUGCCUUCGAUAAACUGGACCAUCGCAUAGCCGUCGCAAAACUUGACAAUCUUGGAAUCAAUGGGAAUCUGUUACUAUGGUUCCAAUCGUACCUUACCGGUCGCCGUCUAACCGUUGCUAUUGGGGAUUGCCAAUCCUCUUAUUUUGACGCUACGUCUGGAAUACCGCAGGGAAGUCACCUAGUACCACUUAUCUUCCUGCUCUAUUUUAAUGACGUGAACCUAGUUAUUAAAGGACCACGGUUGUCUUACGCGGAUGAUCUAAAACUCUGUCUGGAAGUUCACACACUUGAAGACUGCCACUUCCUUCAACGUCAGCUAGAUAUUUUUGCCGAUUGGUGCCAUCAGAACCGUAUGGACGUUAAUCCAUCUAAAUGCUCGAUUAUAUCAUUUUCGAGGAAAAAACAGACCUUACAUUACAAAUACGCUUUGCUAGGAACUGAAAUCGAGCGCGUAAACCAAGUUAAAGACUUGGGGGUUAUUAUGGAUUCCCAGCUAACAUUCAAGCCUCACAUUUCGUUUACCAUCGACAAAGCCUGUAGAGCUCUGGGAUUCAUCUUCAGGACCGCUAAGGAAUUUACAGAUAUUUACUGCCUCAAAUCGUUGUAUUGCGCAAUAUCUCGCUCUAUAUUAGAGUUCUGCCCGGUUGUCUGGACCCCUCAUUACAACAAUGGCGCGGAAAGAAUAGAAUCAGUUCAACGGCGCUUUUUGAGAUUUGCUCUUCGUAAACUGCCAUGGACGGAUCGUUUCCGCCUACCAAGCUAA